CCGUGUCACAACACUUCUGCACAGUAUCGCAAACUGAGAGGAUCGGUUACUGCAAUUUCAAUAAAUAAAUAAAUAAACUAAAUAAAUAGCUAAAUAAACUAAAUAAAUAAAUAAAUAAAUGAAUAUCAUAAAAUAAAUGAAGAACUAAAUAAAGAGUAUUAGCGACAGCCGAGACCUCAGAAGUGGAAAAGCUCUUGAUUAAAAUCCUUCCAGAAUUUUCCUGAAGAAAUAAACUUUUCUCCCGUGUUCGUUCACUUUUUGAGGAACAAGGGGAGACUUUAAUGAGUGGUGAUAGCGCUUCGCGCUCGAGAAACUGAGUCCGCGAUCCGCCUCAGUGACAAAACGCGAAUGAGGAAUCAUCGCGCAGUGUGUUCCAUCACCUGAGACAUUUAAUUUAAACAAUUGAUUUUUUUUUCUCGCUUGAGCUUCUUUCUUCCCAUUCUGCGGAGAUAUAUUUAGUGAGUGUGACUUGUGCCAGAGACUAAAGUACAAUACGAGAUGAAGCACUGCAUGUCUAUUUGGAGUAGAUUAGCCGGCAGCAGUUUCUCCCCUGUCAGCACAACUCCACCGCCUUGUUCUACGGAUACUGAGGAUUACUCGGAUAAUGAUCCUAGGAACCUUCAGUCGAAAUCAGCCAUUGUUGUCAACAGAUUUUUCAAUGCCGCACUGCCUGUGCACGCGGACGGCAGGCGGAAAUGGCCGAGAAGUAUAUUCGUGCUGAUGACCCUGGGACUGCUGGGCCUAGCGUUCGGGUGCAUCGUGAUGGUGGUUCAGCCCUACGAGUUGCUUUUCAAACUCAAGGUGAUAUUCGGAGAUAACGGGGAGAUCUUCGAGCUGUGGAGGAAGCCACCUGUUGAAUUGUAUCUUAAGGUGUACUUAUUUAAUAUCACGAAUCACGAGGAUUAUCUCGCUGGGAAGGCUGACAAACUCAGCUUUCAGGAGGUUGGACCUUAUGUGUACAGAGAAUAUUUAGAGCAUUCCAACAUCACAUUCAACCCGAACGGCACGGUAACAUCAUACCCCCACCACCCCCUGGUCUACCAGCCCGAUAAGAGCAACGGCACCGAGGGAGAUAUGCUAAUCUUGCCGAACAUAGCACUACUAAGUAUUGCAAAUGUCAAGAGGGAUGCGUUACUCCCCAUCAUAUGGGGCCUCAACGGCAUCAUCACCAGCACAAACAGCCAACCACUAGUGAGAAUGACUGCCAGAGAGUUUAUGUUUGGGUACAAAUCGACUCUAGUCACACUUGGAAAUACUGUUAUGUCGUCUUGGAUUAAGUUCGAUAAAUUGGGACUCAUAGAUAGGAUGUACGACUUUGAUGGAGACUUCGAGACUGUCUACACCGGUGAAACCGACGUUCGAUUGACUGGUCUCAUCGACAAAUACAAUGGAGACGUUAAUCUCCCGCAGUGGACCGGAAAAUGCGCCAACGUCAACAAGGCCAGUGAUGGAACGAAAUUCGCAAGUUAUAUCGAGCCCAAUGACACACUUGUGUUCUUCCGGAAGAGCCUCUGCAGGGCAGCAAAAAUGGUGAGAAUAGGUGAGAAAGAUGUGAAGGGUCUGCACGCGUAUCAGUACAAAUUCAUGGAGGACGAGCUUGACAAUGGUGUCAAUAACACGGAAAACGAGUGCUUCUGUCGUCAGGGACGCUGUCUGCAGCCUGGACUCAUCGACGUCACCGAUUGUUAUUACGGCUUCCCAAUAGCCCUCUCCUACCCCCACUUCUACAAAUCCGAUCCAUCGUUACUGGACUCUGUAAUUGGUCUUAAACCCAAUCAAGAAGCUCACGAGUCUUACUUCUACAUUCAACCGAAAUCCGGUUUACCAGUCGACCUUGCAUUUCGCUUUCAAAUUAACAUGGCACUCCAGGAUAUCAGCAGCAUCGCCAGAGUCGAGCGCUUCUCCGACAUGGUUCUACCCCUCCUCUGGUUCGAAAUUGGAAUGUACGAGCUCCCAGAGUUCAUGAACAACCGGUUCUUCCUCUACCUGAACGUCCUCCCAGUCUUCCAGGACGUGGCAUGCUACGCUCUAUUCCUGGGAGGCACAAUAUUCCUCAUCUUCAGUGUCGUGAAGAUUCUCCUGUACCGACCAAAAGGCGCGACGCAGACACCAGCCCAGUGGUUCGAGACGGAGCUCCAGAGGAAGAGGCUGCACUUCCUCAACGAAAAUCGUAAUUCCUUCAGGGCGAGGCAGAUGGACACCUACUACAACUCCCUGCUCGAGCCCAGAGAAGAAAUGACACCAAUGACUGCUAUCGAGAAUACUGAGUUCAAGGAAGAGGAUCUCGUCUAAUUCAUCUCCCUAAUUUAAUUUAUUGAAUUAUUUUUAAUUAAUUAGGAGAGAUGACAAGAAAAUUAAGGGGUGGUUCACCUCGCGAAAAAAAACUUUUCGCUUUUCGAGAAAAAAAAUUUAUUAAUCAAAAAAUUAAUUUAAAAAAAUCCCCAACAUAGUUUUUUUAAUGUGAUCACAAAUUUUCGUUCCUUAAUUAUGAAAAAUGCGAGUUUAUGCAUAAUAUUUGGGUAAAUUUUUUUUUCCAGAUACUAAUCGAAAUUUUGAUAAACGAAAAUUUUCGUUUUUUAUAAUUAAGAAGGAAAAAUUGUGAUCAUAAUCAAAACACUGUUUUUAAAAAAUAUUGAGUUAACUUGUCGAUUAAAACAAAUUUGAAUCCUUCAAAAAUCACGCGGAAAAUAGUAUUAAAAAAUGUUUUUUCUUGAAAAACAAAAAAGUUUUUUCUCGGGGUGAGCCUCCCCUGAAUCAUCUAAUCUCAGAGCUCGAGUUGUGCCCCAAAACUCGCGCCCGUUCAUACGUUUUUUCGCAUAGAAGAGAUGCAUUGCGCCCCCAACAUUUUUCUAUUCCAUUUUUAUAUCAAAUGUUACGCAAUUUUUGUACUUUUCUACGCGACAAAAAAAACGUAUCGCACGUCGACGAAAUAAAGUAUUUCAAGUGGCUCAUGUGAAACUGAUAAUGAAACAGUAUUCGAGUGCUUUCUCCUCGAUUUCAACACUCUCCAAUGAUAUUGGAGAACAGACUCGAGUGAGGAAACUAUAAAAUUUUCAAGAUUAAUUAAUGUGAAAAAAACUCUAGGAGAUUUUCAUCGAAAAUCUUCAUUGAAAGCUCUUCUUCGUCAUCAGACCUAAAUCACAAAAAAUUGUAAAUAUUGUACAUAAAUUUAGGGUUUAGAUUUUCACCAUUAUGUCAGAUUGAAUUUUUUAAUGGAAAAAUUUAUGUCGGACAAAAACCUCAGGUAUAGAGUGAGAAAAGAUGUUUGAGGUCACGUACGAAAAAGUUUCAAGAAAAACGUAGCGAAUUCGAUAGAAAAUUCUACGGAAUUUCUAUUGAAGUUUUAUUAAAAGAUUAAUCAGUUUUUAAUCGAUUUCUCAUGGAAAAACUUAGUGGAAUUUCAUAUUUCUGUACAACUUACUCUAUUGGGAUUUCCUCAACAUGAAUUUUCUACAUUUUUUCCAGUCUAUUUUCUUCUCUUAUCUUUUAAAGAAUCAAACGAAAACAUUAAGAUUUUCCGAACCAAAAAAUUUCUGUAUAAAAUAUCCCAAUUGAAUAAGUUGAAUAGAGAAAUCUAAUUCUAUUAAAAAUUACAAUGGAAAUCCAACGAAAUGAUCUACUGAAUUCGCUAGGUUAUUCUACGAAAUUCCUUCGCAUGUGUAUGAAUCUCACUGCACAUUUUUGUUAUUGUUUAUGUGCAUCAGCAGUCCCUCGAUAAUUCGAUGUAUUUUUCCUCAACGAAUGGGAGGGAAAUUCUUAAUGCAAGGCGAGCAAUAAUCUUGCCCUUUUUUAUUUAUAUUCGAUUAACUAUUUUUUAGCCAAUGGAGCCCUAACGCUUCAAACUCGGUUUAUGGAUAUUGUUUUCUUGUUCAUAACGAAAAACAGAAUCAGUUAAUGUUAACGAUCAAUUAUUCUCCUGAGGCCUAGCUCAUAUGUUAUUUCUGAAUUUAAUCCUUCGUCGCUUGUCACGAUGGAGAUGAUGUGAAUCUUGCCCGGACAGUGUAUUGCUCAAUAAAUAAUUUUUUUAUUAU